AUGCAGACGCGUCCCUUGGCAAUUGGUGCCAAUUCCCAUCCCGAUUGGCCAUCCCCUCCAUCCUCAAACUCUUUCCUCACCCUCAUCCCAUCUUGUCAAAUACCGGCCGUUUCAUCCGAAUGUCCAACAAAACAACAACAACAACAACAACAACAACAACAACAACAACAACAACAACAACAACAACAACAAAAAAUCUUCAAUGAUAGUAGUAAUAAGAUGGAUCCCACCGCUCUUUGCUCCGUCUGUGUCGAAGCAGAGUCCAAAUACACAUGUCCCGUCUGUGCUGCAAGAACAUGCUCCCUCGCCUGUUCUAAAAGACACAAGUUGCGCACUUCCUGCGAAGGCCAACAGCGUCCCAGCACCUUCAAAUCCAAAUCAGACCUACAUCACCCGAGUCAAGUAGCUGCCGACUUUGAUUUCCUCAACUCUAUCCAGAGAGCCUUGGAUCGUGCUGCCGAUGAUCCUCACGGUCCCUUCCGGUCUAAACCCACUCUUGAUCGCCGAAUCAAAGAUAUCUGCAACAAUCGGGGCCUUGUCGUCCUUCCCGCACCCUGCCAAUCGUCCAGAGCCGGUCAAAACCACUCCUUCUACAAUAACGAUCGCAUCAUCUGGACUGUCGAAUGGGUCUUCAACGGUUCCAUCACAUCCACUAUCCAAGUGGAUGAAAGCCUAACCAUCAAAGACGCCUUUGAGAACCAGGUCCUUCCUUCCCUUUCAACACCGCCGCCCUCCUCCGAUGCCAAGGUCCACCCCUUGAAUUUGGUGUACCAUUUACGAUCGCUCGAACCUCAUUCACAGAGCAUAACUCUGCUCCCAUUGGCUGCUCAGGACACCCUCUCCAAGGCUCUAGCGAAUGCAACUAUCCUUGAAUUUCCAACAAUUCAAGUAUCCAUUGUUUCCUAA